AUGACCAGCUGUCGCCACCACUCAGGAUACUUGGCUGAUGAUGAGGCCGGCCACACCACGUACCUGGAACGGGUGCAGCCACCUAAGAAGCCAGCAUUCCUGAAAAUGGGGCAGACCUCCAGGCUGGACCACAUGCCACACCCACCAUCGAUGUGUGGCCCCUCAGGUAGCUCAGGGCUUCGCAGCCACCGUCGAAAGUGGAAGGGCCCUCAGACCUUUGGUAGCUUCCUGGACUUUCUUGUUGAGGGCCAGGUGCUGGACAGCCUGCAGAGGGUGGUGGAGGAAGCAACUGAGCGCAUGGCCACCAUGAAGACAGAGACUGGGGUGCCACUGGUGGAGGUGCAGGACCCAGUGGAAGUGCCAAGGGGAGGGCGGCAGGCGCGUGCCCGGCCCAGCCUGAGUACUGUGCACCGGCACCGUGUCCAGCCCAGCCUCUGCACUGGGCACCCCAACAACUACCCAUCCUGCUCCAGCUCCACAUCUGACUCACAUAGCAGCAUCACAGCUGGUUAUUUGGGCUCCCACAGCCAGGACAGCAACCUGGGCUACCGUGGUUUGGGCCCACUGCCACCCAUGAGGGACAGACUUUUGCAGGAGAAGAGCCUCAAACGGUUGCUGCAGCUGGAGAACAGAGGGAAAAGCCUGGGGCAGUCCUGCUCCCAGGGGGACUCCCUGCUGUGGGACUCACUGGGCUCAAGCUCGGGCAUUCCGGGAGCGUCAGAGCUGGGUCCUGAAGAGAGAGAGCCGAUCUUCCUCAAGAGAGAGUUCAACAAGGAGAUGAAGUCCUUGCUGAGUCAGCCCGAGUCCUUCAACUUGCCUGGCUACUCUUCACUCCGUGAGCCCCAUCGGACCCUAGACUUCCUGGCCAAGCACCACCUCUUCCCUGCCCUGCAGAGUGUGGUCAGCCAGGCUGUGGACAAGUUCAGUGGCGCCUGCCGCCAGAACGGCUCCCCUCUCUUCCCACCAGAAUGGGAGCCCGGCGCAGAGCCCAAUGUAGAAACCACGCCAGCCUCUAAGCAGGCCAUACCCACCGAAGCGGAGGAGCCCUGUGAUUCUCCCAUCACCACGACCUCCAGCUUCAAGAAAUUUCAAAAAAAGAGCACCAAGUCCAGAGUAGAGGGCAAGCUGAAGGAGCGUGGUUCUCCCAUGUCUAGUGCCCAAGGGGCCACCAAAUUCAGGCUCCAGGUCAUACCCACAGAAGAGCCCAAGAGCCCCAGUGACGAGAUCACAAAGAAGACGACACUGCCCUCCAUCUCGUCCAAGUCCACGUCCCACCUGUCCAACCCCUGCUAUGAGGAGCUUGUCAACUAUUUGAUGGAGCAGGCUGUCUCCUUACUUGUUUACAAGUACAAGUUUGAGACGAAACUCACCAAGCAGCUGGGCUUCAUCUCCUUCCCCAUCACUGAAACACUCAUGGACCUCUUGCUGGGCUUCAAGAAGGUGAAAGGUUCCCACAUCUGCCUGUCCUCGGAGGUCGACUGGAGCUGCCUGCUGCAAAAGCUGGAGGAGGCCCAGUGGGCCCGGCAGGUACCCCAGCAGACCUCCCAGCGUGACACUUCCCGUCACACUGCCUCCCACAGGGGCACCUCCCAGCACAGCACGGGGUCCCACUCCACCUUGCCCAAGCCAGCCAUUGCCAUGGGUCAGAAGGUGGCCAAGGAUCCCCGCUUCCACACUGUGUUGCCGGGCUCCCAGCUGCCCACCUCUCAGGAGAACAAUACCACUGAGGAACACAUCUCGCCCACACAUCUCUCGGAGCCCAAGCUCUCCAUGACCUACAGCGCUGGCGUAGGCUCCAGCCAGUCUGAGCAAGCAGUGGACAUGGGGGAGAGCCAGAGCAUUGAGGAAGAGGAGGAGGAGGAGGAGGCGGAGGAGGAGGAGGAGGAGGAGGUGGAGGAGGAGGAGGAGGAUGAGGACUACACAUUUAGGGGUGAGAAUGAGACCUGGAGAACCCCAAGCCUCAAGUGGAGGCAGAGAUCAGCCAGUCCACAGAAGGCCCUGGAGGUUCCUCCAGGGUCCCGCUAG